GGUUGCGCCGUGAACAAGGGUCCUCUCCUGCUGACUGACACACGUGUGUGUAUGUGGUCAACAUGGCCGAUUUACAGAUGAAGCUUCUCCGGAAGAAAAUACAGAAAAGAAAUGAAAAAAACAAAGAGCGCAAGUUACUCAAGAAGCACACAUUGGACGAAGAGUCUGUAAGGUCAGAAGGAGUGGAGGAGAAAUGCACUCAAGAAGCAUGUGAAGCUGAGACUAAACUCGUCCAGGAACAGCAGAAGCAGGAAGAUGAGCCAGUUGACGUUCCUGCAUCUGCCCAGGGAAACUCUGUAAAGCAAAAGAAGAAAAAGAAAAGAAAGGCGCCUCUCACGGCUGAAUCACCGGCUGAGAAAAAGGUCAAAAGUAUGCACCAAGUAAAUGGGCAACAUGAGAUGGAGGAAGAGGAGGAACCUGUCAAACCACAGGAGCAGGAGGGGGAUGUUGAGGAUCUACCUGAGCUACCGUCUGGCUUGACAGGAGCAUUUGAGGACACGUCUUUUGCUUCUCUCGCGGAACUUGUGAGUGAAAACACACUGAAAGGAGUGAAGGAGAUGGGCUUUGAACACAUGACUGACAUCCAGCACAAAAGCAUUCGUCCUCUGCUGGAGGGAAGAGAUGUGCUGGCUGCUGCCAAGACAGGGAGUGGUAAAACCCUGGCCUUCCUAAUCCCAUCCCUAGAGCUCAUCUACAAACUUAAGUUUAUGCCCAGGAAUGGGACUGGUGUAGUGAUUCUUUCUCCGACACGUGAGUUGGCAAUGCAGACGUAUGGUGUGCUGAAAGAACUGAUGACUCACCACGUACACACCUAUGGCCUCAUCAUGGGAGGCAGCAACCGAUCAGCGGAGGCCCAAAAGUUGGCCAAUGGCGUCAACAUCCUGGUGGCAACACCAGGCCGUCUGCUGGAUCACCUCCAGAACACGCCUGGCUUCAUGUUCAAGAACUUGCAGUGUUUGAUUAUUGAUGAAGCUGAUCGCAUCUUGGAGGUGGGCUUCGAGGAGGAAUUGAAGCAGAUCAUAAAGCUUCUGCCCAAGAAAAGACAGACCAUGCUGUUUUCGGCAACCCAGACUCGGAAGGUGGAGGACUUGGCUCGUAUUUCUCUGAAGAAAGAGCCUCUCUAUGUUGGAGUGGAUGACAACAAGGACACGGCCACCGUCGAUGGUUUGGAGCAGGGCUAUGUAGUGUGUCCGUCGGAGAAGCGCUUCUUGUUGCUCUUCACCUUCCUGAAGAAGAACCGCAAGAAGAAGCUCAUGGUCUUCUUCUCCUCCUGCAUGUCGGUGAAAUUCCACUACGAGCUCCUCAAUUACAUUGACCUCCCUGUAAUGGCCAUCCAUGGCAAGCAGAAGCAGACCAAACGCACCACCACCUUCUUCCAGUUCUGCAACGCAGAUUCGGGCAUUUUGCUCUGUACCGAUGUAGCAGCUCGAGGGCUGGACAUCCCAGAGGUGGACUGGAUCGUCCAAUACGACCCCCCAGAUGACCCCAAGGAAUACAUCCACAGAGUGGGCAGAACAGCUCGAGGCAUCAAUGGCAGAGGGCACGCACUUCUGAUCCUGAGACCAGAGGAGCUUGGAUUCCUGCGCUUCCUCAAGCAAGCCAAGGUCCCCCUGAGUGAGUUUGAGUUUUCCUGGAGUAAAAUCUCAGAUAUCCAGUCCCAGUUGGAGAAACUGAUUGAGAAGAACUACUAUCUUCACAAGUCAGCCCAAGAGGCCUACAAGUCUUAUGUGCGAGCUUACGACUCUCACUCGCUCAAGCAGAUCUACAGCGUCAACACGCUGAACCUCCUUAUGGUGGCGUUGUCGUUUGGAUUCAAAGUCCCACCUUACGUCGAUCUCAACGUCCACGGCAGUAAAGGCGCAAAGCUGCAAAAGCGAGGCGGCGGUGGUGGUUUUGGGUACCAGAAAUCCAAGAAUGUGCACAAGGCCAAAAUCUUUAAGCACGUCAACAAAGGAUUUAAUGACAAAAGGCAGUUCUCUCGUUAAUCAGAUGAUUGGAAUCUCUGAACUGGUUCCUUGUCGGAGCGUCAUGAAAAACGGCGCUCUUGUCAUCAUGGGGAAAGUCCUGUUUUCACCAUAAUUUGUAGGAAUUGUAUUUUGUUGCAAUAUUUUAUAUGUAGCUCUGCAGAAUUCCAUGCUUGUGUGAUGACAUAAAUUUGUUCACAAAACGUAAGAACGUGCAUUUGAUUGAAAUAUUAAAUUUCAAGUAACAUUGCAUUUUGAAAAUGAAUUUAUUCAUUGUGCUUUUUUGAUUAUGAGAUCAUUACAUCCAUAAGACGCAGUUGGUGACAAAAGUCUUCAUGACAGGAAUCUGUAAAUUCCAUCAGAGGAUUAAUAGCUAUACUUGUCAAUCUAAUUGCACAGGGAAACUGAAAGUUAUAUAUAGUACUCAAUGAACUGUAGUGUUUCAUAUGCAUCAGUCAUCGCUAUCUUUUUUUAAAUAACACUUAUCAACAUGAUUGAGUUCAUAAAUUGUGACAUCUGAGUCUUCGUGUGUCGUAAAGACUUGAGAUAAAUCUCACAAUACAUUUUAACACCGGAUAGAAAUGGCAUUGUAUUCAUUUUCCAUUCCUUCUACUCAACAAUCAUUCCUGAUUAAAGUAUAGAUGAAUACAGGUUCGCCUCAACUGCUCAGUUGCUACCCCAGCCCCUUGCAAUUCAUAAACUCAUGACAACAAAUGCCCCAAAAGUGACUCCCACAAGCCAAACCCAUUCUCACCCCCACCCCCAAAACCAUGCCUAGAAAAUUCAUGUAUUGGUUGAAGUGUUCCUUUUUUCCAAAUAAAAGAGAAACAUGUUCUCAUUGCU